GAAAUCCCGGGUCAAUCUACAUGCACUCGACUCCAGCGCAGAUUCAUUUCAGCAGGAUGCAGUGAAGGGCGCGGAAAGAUUGUGGGGGGAAGAAAAACGGGGUGCAAAUGAAGGAAGAAAAGUCCAGAUAGAGAACAAAAGUGAGCCAGGAGAGAGAGGCAGGCUUUAAAAGAAACUUUCAAAGACAGGGACAUAAAAGUGUGAAGAGAUUCAAGGCAGGCAGAGAGUGGAGAGAUAUAUUCAGUACUAGACAACAAUGGGCUCCCUGAUUGUUAGUUCAGCUGCUCUUCACUUACUCUUCAUGCUAGCUUUGCUCUUUCAAGCUUCCUCAGUACUGAGCCAGGACCUGAGAGAGACAGAUGCAGUAUGUAAAGCCAACGGUUGCUUCAUGGUCUAUUUCCAACGCAAAGCUUUUCUGGAAGCCUGGAGAUCCUGCAACGAGGGAGGUGGCAACCUGGCCACUAUUAAAAACCGCGAGGACGCAGCCACUGUUGCCAGUCUUUUCUCCACGCUGGACCUGCGCUACUCGCGAACUCAAGUCCAGGUGUGGAUCGGCCUGCAGCUCCUGCCUCGUCAGUGCAGCCCCACUCGCGUGCUGCGAGGCUUCUCGUGGACAACUGGGGACCAGGACACAGACUACACCAACUGGCUGAAAGAGGACUCCCAGAGUACAUGCUUCGAGCCACGCUGCGUGACGGUAAGCUACAACACCCAGGAGCCAAAGGAUAAUUUGAAAUGGCUGGACGGACCCUGCUCGGUCCACGUGGAUGGAUACCUUUGCCAUUAUGCCUACAAAGAAAUGUGUCCCGCCUUGUGGAGGGAAGGUGUCGGCAAUGUUGUCUACACAACCCCGUUUAACCUGCAGAGCACGCUGCUGACUCACGUUCCCUUUGGAUCUGUGGCUGCUGUGUCCUGCCCAUCGGGCACAGAGGAGAGGCAGACGGUUUUGUGUGAGGCAAAGGAGGAUGGCUCAGUGGGGUGGUCCAGCGAAUCCCCCCUCUGCUCGUCACCCACUGCCUCAUACGACGCGUGCGACCUGAACAACGGCGGGUGUGAGCACCUGUGCAGGAUGGAAGGCGCCUAUAUCUUCUGCGAGUGCGACAAUGGCUUUCAGCUGCGAGACGACGGGCAGAGCUGCGAGCUUCUGGAUGUUUGUCAAGAAGCCCCCUGCGAAUACGAGUGCGUUCCUCUGUCGGACAGCUACCGCUGUGCCUGCCCUGAAGGGUACAUGCUUGCGCCGGAUGAACACAGAUGUCUGGAUGUUGAUGAGUGUCUCCAGAGUCCUUGCGAACAGGUUUGUGUGAACGCCCCGGGAACGUUUGAAUGCGAGUGUCUGGAGGGUUACCAAGCUGAGGAUGGCGCGUGUGAGGAUAUGGACGAGUGUAUGGAUGACCCGUGUGAGCACGCCUGUGAGAACACACCAGGCUCCUAUGUCUGCCACUGCCAUCUGGACUACUCCCCAGUGCCUGAGGACCUCACCCGAUGCCAAGACACUGAUGAAUGCCAGAUCCCCGAGAUCUGUGAGCAGAUGUGCGUGAAUUUUGAAGGUGGAUAUGACUGCCACUGCAAGGAAGGCUACGAACUCAUGGAUGAUCUUUACUCGUGUCGUAAGACUGAGGAAGGAGACGACCAGUCUUUUGCCACCCCUCUUUUUCCUUGGGUCACUCACCAGCCUAGACGUAUGUGGGACCCUAUGAAUUAUGAUUGGAACCCGCAACUAAGCCCCACCGACUGGCCUCAGGUGGAAGAUCAGUGGUUCACGGAUCCUCCCAGAGUGAUAAAUAGGAAGGUUAUAUGGGUCACUAGCGACUCACAAGACCCUGACCGUCCAACAGCAGGGGCUCCACAUGAAGAGGAAGACAUCAACAUCAGUACCACACCUCCACUCCCCACCAGCUCCAGCACUACUCCAGACCUGUAUGAAGAUGCUGAGGAGGAGACCACAAGAGCUCUUCCUUUCAUCUCCACCUCUACCCUCUCUGAAGGAGCCUGGAAUCAGUGGUCAGAGCUCACAACCCAGAAACCAGAUCAAACGGUUUCAACCCUCAUGUCUAAGGAUCCCACCAACCGCAGGGAGGUAGAGAAAAUUGCUGCUAUUCCUGUGGAGGAUUUGAGAGUGAAGGAAAAUCACUUUAUGGUCAUCACACUGCCCCAGGCCUCAGGCUCUCCCAGCCAGCCCACCGCGUCCCCAUCGCCUCUAAGCGGGGAUGGAGGUAGCGUUAACGUGGUGGGUCCUGUGCCGCAUGACAGAGAGCAAAAACCGACCAGCACCUGGUUGCUGGUGGGCCUCCUGGUGCCCAUCUGCAUCAUCAUCGUGGUAAUGGUGGUGCUGGGCAUUGUCUACUGCACACGUUGUACCAUCCAGCCGCGCAGUAAGAACGCCACUGACUGCUACCACUGGAUCUCUGGGGCUCAUGACAAACAGGGAGCCACCACACCCUCAACAGGGGUCAAGGCUCAUGUUUAGACAAACAGAAGGUCUGAUGUUUGCAUCAACAUAUUCAUAUUUCAGAGGUACAUGAGUGGGUAAUGAACCUGGUAACAGGAAAACUAAAGGUUCCACCCUCUGACUGUGGAACUGGCCACUCUAUAAACACAUGGGAAUUUAUUGCUAAUUAUCAGCUGAUAGGUGUGAAAAGAGACACUGAAUAUGGGACAAACGAUCCAUACACUGACCACACAGCAUCAGAUGUAUUUGCUUUAUGAUUGCACUAAAACUACAUCGCGAUAAACUAUCAGCCUUUUGGAAGAAAUACGAUCCUAUCUAUGUCCAGAUAUCUCUUGUUGUUGUUGUUUCAAAGCUGGAGCCAGAUCCUGCUACGAGACGAGGAAGUUGUUACUGACGUUACUGACAUGAGCAUUGAGCCUUUUUGAGGCAGGCAAAACUUGACUGUGAGGACUCUUUCACGUAGAACGCUCAGGCUUUAGUUUAUUUGAAUAGCGUAUCACUGUUGGACUCUUGCUGUGGACUGUCUUAAAGCAGUCUGUGGGUAGAUGUCUUAUCGCGCACAUCUGCAGAGACUCUAAGCAAAGAUCUUUCUUGGAGAAAAGGCGUUUUUAAAACCGCCGUGCCGGAUUAGAAGACCAAACGCUCUUCAUAUGUUGUGGAUUUAUUGUAUUUAUGUUUGGUCCAGCAUUUUAGCAUUAAAUGUAUUAAUGCAUUGUUACAAUUCAUCGAAUUUUCCAUGAACCCCAUGAACCCGGCGAUGCAGAGGAUCCAUGUCUGCACUUGGGAAUGUUUUCCUUGCUCAUGCUCAAUCUACGACCACUUCUACUUUCUCGACUUCCUUUUUUUCUUUCGGGGGUUAAAAUGCAGAUGUUCACCCCACACAGGGAUCGUUUUAGGGGCUGGUAGCUGACAUCAGCCUUGAACCUUUUCAUGGAACGCCCAUCAGUUACCCGUCAUAAGCUCAUUUAUUACUACACCCGAGAAGGAUAUGACUGAAAUCAGCCAUGAGCUGUUUUUACAGCAGUGUUGAAUCACAUCAAGAUGUGUAACACUGCAGACAAUGAGCAAAGAAAGAACUCAGUGCGCAGACACAUGGGAGGGGGGAAGUGACAGUUCUUGUUUAUUGGGUGUUUGAGCUUUGAAAACCCAAAGACGCAUAGUUCGAGGCACUUACUGUACAUUUAAUGGCUGGGGGGACAAAGUGCUACAUUCACACGUGAAACUUCUUUAUGUUAUGGUUGUAAAAUAUUAAUGUCUUUAAUCUGUUUCAUGUUAAGAAAUUGUGAAUUAAAAACAUUUACAAGGGUUUGGGGUGAAAACUCACUGAGUUUGUGAAUAGUUGUGUCUGGUUUUAUUCAUUAUCCUUUUUUAAAUGACUAAUAGAAAAGAAUUGAUGUCAAGCCAGAUGGUGGAGUUUAGUGAAGUGCAUUGUUUCUUGUUUUAUGCCCUUGAACUGGUGAUGAUGCAGUGGCCUCCUUAGAAAGGUUAAGAGAUGAGGGGAUGAGAGGAAGAGGAAGGGUCUCUCAGAAUAAAGAUAAUGUAAUUCAAAAAUGA